UUUGUGGCUUCAACUUCAUCAAAAUUGUGUCAAGGAUGGUCGCAAUUUGGUUGUUAUGUCAUUAUAAUGAUCGGAAUUUUGAUGUGAGGGUACAAGAUACUGAUGAAACGAACUACAUGGAUUUGGUUGAUGACUUGUUUGAUGAUUCUAUUAAGCAAGAUGUUCUGAUUCCCGAUUUAUUUAGAUUGUUUUAUGUUAAUCCUAGUACGAAUAAAAGAGUAGAAUUGUUGAAUGAUGUUGGUUUGAUGGGCAUGUGGGGUUUAUUUAAGCGCACAGAUACUGUGGAAAUAUGGAUAGAGAAGGCAAAUGAGAAGGAAACUUCAAUCCAAUUUAGGACUGCAGUUAAGAAAAGGAAGGAUAGGAAGGAAAGGAAGGCUGCAGAACUUAGAAGGAAAGCUGAGGAGUUUGAGAGGGAGAGGGAAGAGGAAAGGAGAAGGUUAGAAAGGGAGGCUGAGAUUCAAAGGGAUUUGGAGGAGCAAUUGGCAAACACAGUGGCAGUUGAGGUGCCUGUGUAUGAUGUUGAGGAUUUAAGCGUAGAGUACGUACGUGUUUACAGCUCACAACAUGCUGACUGCCUUUCCCCGGGAGGUUCCCAACCACCAAAUACACAAAAAGAGCCUUCACCACCACCAAGAGAGCCCUCACCACCACCAAAUGUUCCAUCACCACCAAGAGAGCCCUCACCACCACCAAAUAAUCCAUCACCACCACCAAGAAGUCCCUCACCACCACCAAAUAAUCCAUCACCACCACCAACCUCACCACAGACACAACCACAGCAACAACAACAACAGACAGAACAUCAGCAACAACAACAAACAGAACAUCAACAACAACAACAAACAGAACAACAGCAACACCAACCCACAGAACAGCAGCAACAACAUCAAACAGAACACCAGCCAGAUCAGACACCCCCUCCUAACAGGGCUGAGUUAAACAAAGGGAGGGGUUUCAGAAUUUCCAGAAGUCAUGCUAAGAAGACGGGUGAGUUUGUUCCUAAGAAGAGGGGGGGAAGGCAUGCUGGUUCAAGGGUGAGGAAACCCACUGCAUACAAUGUGGAGGAAGAGGAGCAAUGGGAUGAUGAGAGUGAUGAUGAAAAUUUUGAGGAGAGUGAGAGUGAUAGUGAAACUGGUUUCAACUCCGGCGAUUUCAUUGACGAAGAAAUUGAAGAAGAUGAAGAACAAGAUGUUCUUAAGGAGGUAAUUUCUGAGAGAAGUUUUGAGGUCAUUUAG